CGGCUGUAGUGUGGACCGAGCGGAAGGAAGGAGGAGGGAGAUCAUACAUUAACUCCUGCUGGCUGCGGGGACUCUCCACUUGAUAGAAGCCAACACGGGGAUGGGAUGCUCUCAGAACAACACUCUCAGCUUUUGGGGCAGAGGCGACAAAUGACUCCCAAACGAAAAGCCACUUAAUUGCGCGUUUUAUUUGGCCACCCGGUGUUUUCCAGGGGAUUUUACGCACCGCAAAAAGAGUGGAGCAAACGCUGCAGAGAUGAGUGUUGCGUGGUUUUCCUUGCUCCUGAAGGAUCCCCUCUCCUGAUAAAGGGACCAAAGAGGACAAAACAAGGCUGUCCAUGAUAUUUUCCCAAAGAAGAUUGCAAAGGUGGAGCGAUUAGAGAAGGGCUGAUGACGGGACUAUUAAUCCUUUCAGUGCAUCAAAAGCACCAAAGGGUAUUAGAAACGCUUGGAUGGAAAUCGGGCGAGUGUUUAGAACUGUUUUUGGUUUUAUAUGAAACUGGUGAUUAGUUCAUCUGCAAGGAUUUUUGCUUUCCCAGUGAUACUGAGGAGUAAAUUUGCUUUUUGCCUUGUUGUUGUUGUUGUUGUUGUUGUUGUUUCGCCGGUAUGAGCGGUUUCCUGGUGUGAAUUUCCAGAAACUCUCGUCUCAAUCUUUUUUUCCUCUCCAAGUAUUCCUAAAUCUAAAUGGAAUUAGUUGAGUCUGAAGCCGUUUGUGAAAGGAACAGACAUGGUACAUGGGCACAGCUUCCAUCACGUUGUUGCAAGUCUUCUCAUACUUGGGUUGUCUGGGGCAACAAGGAAGGAUACAGCAGUGAAGAACAACUCCGGAGUGAAGCCUGCAGGUCAAUGUGGAACGUGGGUGAAAGAACCAGAAGGAGGUCUCUUCACUUCUCCCAAUUACCCAAACAAAUACCCCCCAAACACAGAGUGUGUUUACAUCCUUGAAGCACCCCCGAGGCAGUGUAUUGAUCUACACUUUGAGGAGAAUUAUUCAAUCGAGUCCUCUUGGGAAUGUAAAUUUGACAACAUCGAGGUCCGGGAUGGACCGUUUGGCUUCUCCCCAAUACUCGGACGGUACUGCGGUCAGCAAAGCCCGCCGGAUAUCAGGAGUAGUGGCCGAUAUCUGUGGAUAAAAUUUGUUACAGACGGCGAACUGGAAGGAGUGGGAUUUUCAGCAAGUUACAACUUCACUGCAGAUCCGGACUUUGCAGACUUGGGAGUCCCCCCACCUCUGCCCUCCUGUCAGUAUGACAUGGUUGGUCCAGAAGGUAUCGUUGAGUCCCAUCAGAUCACCAGAGACGGGAAGGCUGGCGCCGCCGAGGCCGUCGACUGUAAAUGGUACAUCCAUGCUCCGCCGCGCUCCAAGAUCUACCUGCGUUUUCUCGACUAUGAGAUGGCCAAUUCCAACGAAUGCAAGCGCAACUUUGUGGCGGUGUAUGAUGGCGGCAGUUCGGUGGAAGACCUGAAGAGCAAGUUCUGCUCCACGGUGGCCAACGACAUCAUGCUGGUUUCCACGCUGGGCGUCAUCCGCAUGUGGGCGGACGAGGCCAGCCGCAGGAGCCGCUUCCGCAUCCUCUUCACGACCUACCAAGAGCCUCCAUGCGAUGCAGAUGCCUUCUUCUGUCACAGUAACAUGUGUAUAAACAACUCGCUGGUGUGUAAUGGCAUGCAGAACUGUGUCUACCCCUGGGACGAGAACCAGUGCAAAGAGAAGAGGAAAGCCAACAUCCUGGACAACCUGAACAACACAAACGGGACCAUAAUCGGUGUCACCUGUUGCAUCGUCCUCAUCCUCCUCAUCGUCUCCGUCAUCGUCCAGAUCAAGCAGCCACGUAAAAAGUACAUCCUGCGGCGUGAGGACUUUGACCCCACCAUGUUCCAAGAGGUCUUUGAGCCGCCUCACUACGAGCUGUGUACUUUACGGAGCGCCACCACAGCCGCGGCGGCCUCAGCAGACUUAGUCGACCUGGCGGAAGACUUUGAGAACUACCACGCCCUACGCCGUGCCUCCUCACGCUGCGUCCACGAUCACCACUGUGGCUCCUCCUCCAACCCCGGCUCCGCCCACAUAUCCCAGCUGUCGCUCAGCGGACGAGGAAGCCGCGGGAACUUGAGCGCCCGAGACACAGCGGCCGCCGCUCUGCUCACAGACCUUCCGCAGCCGCCAAUGGCAGUGCGGCCCUUGUUGCCGUCCACCGGAAACCGCAGGAGCAUCUUGGUCAUGAAGCACAGCUACUCGCAAGAGGCAGCGGACAAUGGAUGCGACCUGGACGACGACCUGGAAGAGGUUCCCACCACCAGCCACCGGCUUUCACGCCACGAAAAGGCAGUACAGCGGUUCUGCCUCAUUGGCUCUUUGAGCAAACAUGAAUCAGAGUACAACACAACUAGGGUCUAAGAGACAAUCUCAAGACUUCUUGAGAAUAGUGCAAUCCUGGAUCAGUACGAACGGGCAUCACUGACAUAUGACAAAGCGGAGCGGAGAUUUACACCAGCAUGAUGCUGAUGAUGAUGAUGAUGAUGAAGGGACACUCUGACGAAAGGAUACUGAAUAUGUAUUCAUGUGCAGAGACGAACAUAAAGGACUAGACAAACAUACUCAAUGCUGCGACGCUGUGAACGGCGUCAGCUCUGUACGUACUGUAGUCAAUCCAGAAUUUUUUUUGUCUCGCUGGAAAGAAAUGGACCUGUAGAAUGAUCGUGAUUACUGAUUAUUCAUUAUUAAACUUUAAAUUUGGGAUGUUAGUCAGAAACAUAUCUGUCAUUGUCAUAGAUUCCUCGCUGAUAACAAAAUUAAUGUGAUCGAACAUCUUUAAGUUAAUUUUUAAGCAUGCAUUUUUCAAGUCGCAUACAUAUGAUUUUUUUUGUAGCAAAUUAUAGAUGCUUGCAGUUUGUCGAAUCUAGAAAGGUUUAUUUUAUUUGUGAAAAUUGGAAUUAAUUACUAACCUAACUAAAGUGAAUAUUGUUGGAAUAACCAGAAGCAGUUUAAUUUGGAUAACAAUUCGAGGCAGAGUGGUAUGGCUUGUGCAUGCUUCUUUUGUACCCAUCGAAACAUUAACAUACUAACAUUAAAAUAUGAAAAGCCCCCAUCUACUAAUACAUAAGUCAUCAGAAAUUAAAAGUAGUGCAAAAAAGCAUCUUCAGAAUUAGCAUUGCAUGCUGCUGCUUAGCCGAGUCAUUAGGUGAAGAGAACUGUGCAAAUGGAUGUCACCAUUUUCAUUUUAACACAAACUCCCUUUUAAAUAUGCUGACUAACUUUUUGACAGGCUUUUGUUUUCGACAACGAUUGUUUUGUUUUUUAGCAAACAUAUUUACUUCAAGUCUGUUUGUCUUCUAACUCUCUUCUACUGUAGGGGCUUAAUAUCUUUGUAUUAAAACAGACUUUUAUACCAGGGCAAAUUGAAAGGAUGACAGUUUUUACAGUUACUCAAAUUAUCUUUCAGGGCUGAUUUUACUGAUGCUUUGUAAAAUAAAUAACAAUAAAGCUUCACCUUUUUUUCUUUGUUUUAUUGCCUUUUGGUCAGCACUUCCUCUGUCCCGUCAGUGUGUCCUCCGACUGUCAGCGCACAUGUCUCAUGCAUUUUUAGAUGUUGGUUUGUUUGUUGUGGCUGAUUUGCUUUAGAGGAAGACCAGAUCCAAACCAAAGGGAUUUGUUUCACCGAGCAGGACAAUAAAACCAGUCCUAGACGGUUCAAAUAAUCACAGGUAUCUGACAGACAAGUUAAUUGACUUUUUGUGUUUGUCCUGAUGAGAUUAACCCCAUACGUACUGCAGAAGGGACGGAUCAGCCUCAUGUUCUGAUAACACUCACUGUUGGCAGGCUGCUCUUGUAGAAAAACAACCUGCAGGAUGAGGAGAGUGAGAAUAGUAGAUCAGCUGUGAGCACAAUGACAUAAACAAUUCACACAGACUCUCAUAGGGCUGGGCGAUAUGGAGAAAAUCAAAUAUCACAAUAUCAAUAUUGCGACGAUAUUUUUGGGUUGAGUAUCGAUGCUUUUAACAAUAGCCUAUUUACACAAUGGGAUUUCUGAUGAAUCAUCGCUAAUGUGGAUAUAAUGGCUAAUGACUCAUUGCAAAUUUAGAUACAUAAAUGGACGCAGACGGAGCCUUCUGUCCAUACUCUGCGUUCAUUUCGUCCAUAUUUGAGCGCGUUUUCGGAAAACUUAUAGAUAUGGACAAAGCUUAGCAGUGCUGCCGGAGAUCGUGGGGGCAGUGUAGCGUAGUUUAAGCAAGACCCAAGCAUAGGACACAGUGAAGACAUUGUAAACCCAAAGAUUCAGUAAUAUCGUGGAAAGAAUUCUCUGUCCACAUGGCGCGAUGAUUUUAAUGGUUUCAUACCACGGCUGUCGACAAUGCGGCCUCCGUUAAAAGUAGGGCUGUCCUAAAUACCAAGCUUCAGUAAAAAAAAAUAUUGAUGCUUCGAGGGGUGUGGGGGUGUUCAUGAGAGACAAAGACAUUUUGAAACAAUAGUUUUCAGUCAAUGUACUGAAAUUAACUUGACAGUUUGCGACUUUGUUAGCACGCAGGUCGCAGUAACAUUAGCUGUAAUAACAUAGACUAUAAAAAUAAUGAACGUAGCUACUGUGAUGUCACCCAAUGGUUUUGAAGCCUUGAAUUCAGCAUUAUGUCAUCGUUUUGUUUUUGUUUUUGGAGCCAGAGGUGAACAUAUUUGGGCGAGAGGGUGGAGCUGUGGAGGAGCAUCAGGUGUAUCUGACUGACAAACCGAGGACACUGUUCACAGAGAGAGACUGUCACUCACUUUAUGUAACUUUAAGCCUUAAUAAAAUGUAAACUGGUGAAUUGUAUAAAAAUUCAACCCUGUACAGUUGUCAUGAGCAGGACAAUUAGCUAUAAACAUGUUCAUUUCUGUUGUAAAGUUGGGCAUUUUUAACAUGGGAGUUCAUGGGAAUUGACUGGCUGGAGCCAGCCUCAAGUGGCCAUUCAAGGAACUGCAGUUUUUGGCACAUCCGUGUUGGCUUCAUUUUUAGAUCCUAAGGUUGCUGUUUGUAUAAUUCAUGUCCUGAUUUUGCCAAGUGGGUGUUGUCCUGAGAACAACCAGUUUGUAUGAUAGCCCUGGGACAACAACUGCCUCAGCCAAUUCGUGUUUGUGAUGUCAUCAAAGAGAGUCCUGAUGCCAGUGCCCUGCAAAAUACAUACAAAAUAGCUGAAAUCUUUACUUUAGUUUACA